AUGAGUUAACAUAUAGCUAAUCAAUAUUUUUAACAUCCCUUAAAAAACGAGCCAAACAGAAGAAUUAAAACACUUUAUUCCAUGAAUGAUUCUAAUUCAUGUAGAAUUAGGAAAGUGAUCAUUCCUAAAAAUAUCAGCAUCGAUAAAGAAACCCUUUAUGAGCAAUUACAUUUAGAAAAACUAAAAACUAAACAAUUACAAAUAGAAAAUUAAUCUAUAUAAAAUAUACUAUAAUAAUUUGGAAAAGAAAUAGAUAUGAUGGAUGAAAGUGACCAAAGAAAAGUUAUCUAAUAAAGUUUAAUAAGGAUUAAAUAAAAGGAUCAAGAAAUAUAAAUACUAAAAGAAAAUGCUUAAUUCAAAGCCUAAUAGGAUUUGAGAAAGUAGAUAUAAGACUUAAAAAAAGAGCUAUUAAAAUAUUAGAUUCUUUAGAAGUUUGAAGGUGACUAAAAUUAGAUAGUUCAAGAUAAUAUAAAUUUAUUGAAUAAGAUUGAAACAUAAAAAUAAUAUAUUAAUGAGUUAGAGAAGAUUAGAGCUGAUUAUAUUUAAGUUAAAGCUAAGAAUAAUCAAUUAUAAUAAGUUAUGAAAUUAAAAGAUUAAUAAAUAUAGAGAUAUAGAGAUAGAGAUCCAUUAUCAGAAAUGAAUAUGAUGAAACAUCAUAGUAAGAAUGAAAAUAUUUUGGUUGAUGAAUUAUAAAUGAGAAUGGAUGAAAUAUAGCAUUUAUAAACAAGACUUAAUUAAUAUUAAUAAAUUAUUUAAGAAAACUAAAACGCAUUAAUCGAAUUAAAUUAUGAUUCUAAAUAGAAAAUUUUACAUUUAGAAGCAGAAAAAAAAUAAAUUAAUGAUAAAUAUGAUAAACUUUAAAUGGAUUAUAAUAUAUUAUUGGAAAAAUAAAAAUAAAUUGAUAAGUAAUUUAAAUAUAUUAAUAUAGAUUUCUUUAAUAAUUUGCUAAGAAGAAAUUAUCAACAUAAACUUUAAUUUAUGGAGAGGAUUAACUUUUUUAAUCCACUACUUAAGUUCUUAUAUCUCCAUUGACAUCUCCUCAUCAUGGAGACAAUGUUGUUGUUAAGUAAGUCAAAAAAUAAUAAAUUGAAUAAACUAUAUUAGAAUUGAAAUUGUCUUUAAGAAAAAAAAGAAUCACUCUCUAAGAUGCAGAAUUAGUAAAUAAUUUAAAAUUAAAUUUAGAUCUUAUUUUCAUAAGAAGAUGAAAUUGCAAUUAAUGAUUUAGAAAAACAAUUGAGAUUAGAUCCCUUUAACCUUAAAAAUACUACUUUACUUGCUAGAUACAUGAUUGAAGAUUAUUCUGAUAAGUAUAUAUUGUAAAUUUAUAUAAAGAGAUUUUGUCUAUGAUCCUGAUUUAAAAGCACCUUAAGCAAAAGUAAAAAGUGUUUUUAGAAAUCUUAUGCAAAAUUAUAAGUUAAAUUUUGAUUAAAAUGUAUAAGAUCUAGUCGAAACUUGCAUCAAAUAGAAUCUCAUAGAUUUUUGUGUUAAAAAAUAAUUGAAUAAUCUCAAUUUAGAUAAUAUUAAUGAAUGCAUGGUAUCAUAAGAUAUUCAAUGGAAUACUAAACAUUCAGAUUACCUUCAAUAAAUGUAUUACAAUAAAUACAAUAAGUAUUUAAAUUUCGAACUUAACAAUCUAUUAAAAUUAUUUGAUAUAACAUAAUGA